AUGACUAUAAGACUAUAUAUAUAUACAUUUCCCUCGGGGCCAUUUUUGGACGUGUUGAGAAGCGUGAGAAGCAGCACAUGUUUCAAUCGGACCAUGCUGGCCGCUUUGGAUCGAGUUUACCACAAGAAAGUCCGCCAUGGAGCGGAUUCGUUGCGGAGCGCUGGCUUUUUCGCGCUCUCGCGUCCACGUUUGAUGCGGUGUGUCCUUGGCACACUGGCCCGGCUGGGUGUCCUCAAUGCCUGGCUGGUGUCAUUGGUGGGAGGGGCGCAGCCACAUCAUGGACGGUUCCAUGUGCUUCCGGAUGGAACCCUUCGCUCGGUCAAGCAGCACUUCUACGCGUCUCUCUUGCGGACUGAAGACCGGCAGUUGGCCGUCGGUGAGGACCUGCCAGCAGGGCUGGAGAAUGUCACGAAGUCCAUCGAUCACAUUCAAGGGGAAGUGAACUCAGUUCAAGUGAUGAGAGUCAGAUUGGAUGGAGAUGGUGAUACCCUGGAGUUGAUUAGCACAGUGGUCUUUACGAUGACAGUGAGCGUUUGA